AUGGAAGCAAUACAAUACGAAGGAAAAAUGAUGGAUAUACUUAAUGAUGUGGAUAAAUAUUCCAGAGUAUCCAUCAAUGAGGUCAACAUAGCAUACAAGAAGAUACAGGUCCUGUUGUACGACAUGUUUUUGGAAGGUUCAAUUGAUAACCAAACAUAUAAAUAUUUAACAGUUGAGAAGCCUAAGGUGCCUUGCAUCUUUGGUAUCCCCAAAGUGCACAAAGACAGCACAGAUCCACCUCUAAGACCAAUUGUGUCAGCUGAAGGUUCAGUGACAGCCCCUUUAGCCAAAUUUGUUGACCAGAAGCUUUGUCUCAAGGAAGCACCAUACAGACAGCAGCAUCUGUUACAGCAAGCCCGGCAAAGGGAAGUCCAGGAUCUGGAUGCUCAUCUGGAAGUGUUGUUCAUUGUUGUAAUGGACAAGACAAUUCUUGCAAGUCUCCAGAUGAACCUAACUACUACUACUCCUACUCCAGAACCUACAACUACUACUACUCCUACAACAACAGAACCUACAACUACUACUACUCCUACAACAACAGAACCUGCAACUACUACUACUCCUACAACAGAACCUGCAACUACUAGCACAACUAUAACUACAACAGAACCUCCAAUAACAACUACAACUCCAUAUCCAACUACAACUACAACCACUCCUCCAACUACAACCUCUACCACAGAAACAAUCACAACUUCAACAUCAACUACAGAAGUGCCUACAACUACGUCAGCUUCAACUACAACAUCUCCAACUACAUCUUCAAGUACAGAUGUUACAAGUACCACUGCUAGUCCUACUACUACAACAUCUGUCACAACCACAACUUCAGUAACUACAACACAAGCUCCAACAUCCUCAACAACUUCAACUAGCACAAAUCCGACAACAACACAUGCAGCAGGUCUAUCAUCAAGCUCAUGUGCAUCUCGGCCAUCACCACAGUGUUGUAGUAAAGGCAGUACUACCUGCAGAUCACUGGAUAAAAAAUGCUUUUGUGAUACAUCUUGUGCAACAUAUAAUAAUUGCUGCUUUGAUUACAAAACAUUAUGUCAGCAUGGAUAACAAUACUGAAGCACCGAUUAAAUAUAACACAUGGAAGUUUAUCUUUGUUCUUCACGUUCCUCAAAAUGAAUAUAACUUCUGAAACAGAUUUCUGUAAUAUCCAGGGUGUUUUUUGUUGAAUAAAUGCAAUGUAUGGUACAUAUUUUAAAUGCACUUGCUCUGUUCUGUAGUAAUAUUUGUUGGAUGGUAGCCAUAAUACAGUUUUCCUUGGAAUUUCUCUGUUUGGAACUAAUAGUACAGCAUCUCUUAGAUUAUUGUUUAUUUCUAUGUGCUGAAAAAAUAAAAUGUGGCAUACAA